GGGCAUGUUGGGAGUGAAGGUCGAGCCGUCUCCCUUCACAGGGAUGGGGGAGAGGAGUGGCUGGGGCAGCAGCGACAGCAGCUGUCAGAGUUACUGAAGCGCGCCCUUCCUGCGAUUGUGGGCAAGGGGGAACAUAAAGGGGGGGAGGCAGGUGGAGGGGAAACUGGAAGAAAUGGUGGAAAGACGGAGAAAAAGGGGGAGAGAAGGGGGGAAGAGAAGGAAAGAGGAGUGGGAGGGAAGGAGAGAAGGGGGGAGGAGAAGGAGAGGAGAGCUAGUGAGCGUGAGGCACUGGAGGAGGGCCAGGAGAGGCGCAACAGCGAGGGAGAGGGUGUUUUCAGAUUCUUCCUGAGCCGAGGCACUGCAGCGCGCUACCUGCGUCGCCUGCAGCUGUACCCGUUCGCACCAGACGAGGUCAAGGCCAGCACGAUCGGAUUCUGCCCGCUUGAAGUCGCGUAUCGGUUCUUCAAGUUCCGCCACCCGCUUUUCGCCUUUGUACCGGACGAGAGUCAGGUGCGGGCGGCGCGGAAGCUACUGCUCCAGCUGGAGGGGCGGCAAGCGGCGGAGCGAUUCCAAGGAGUGCCGGUGUUCAGUGCGGCCAACCUGACCAUUGCUGUGCCGUCUAAGGGCGGCCAGCUGAGGUGGUACCGCCCUUAUUUCUUCAACAAGAAGCAGCUGGACCGACUGCUGGCGUCCAGUGUGGAUCAAUACUUCAUGGGAUUGAUGCGCGCGAGGAGAGCCGCCAGACAAGCGCAGAUUGCGGCAGUGGAUGGGGCAGGGGCAGCAGGAGGGGGAGGAGCAGCAGAGGAGGAGGAUCCGUUUGACUCUUUCCCAGACCCGCACGAGUUUGCGGACGAUGGCAUGUUUCCAGACCCGCCAGAGAUGCAAGAGUUCGCCCAGGAGUUGGGUCCCAUGCUCGGCUCCUUCCCCUCCGCCUCCCUCGGUUCUUCCUCCCCCGGGUCAACCCUGCCGCUGCUGCGAGAUGCAGAGCUGGUGGUGCAGGAGUGUAUGGAUCGGGUGCUGCUGGGCAGCCAGUGGGGGAGAAAGAUUGCUGGGCUCGAGCCCUCGUUUACCGUCAUUGUGGACUCGUUUGAGCGGAGGGUGCAGGAAGCAGAGGCGGUGGUGGGUGCGGAGAUCAAGGCGUUUGCAGAGGCGGUGGUGGAUGCAGAGAUAAAGGCGUUUGUCAGCUCUGCCAUCACCAGCCUCUUGAAAAAAUGCGACCUGCUGCCACAGCAGCUCUCCACCGUGCCUCACAAGGGUAAAGCUGAGGACAAGGCAAAUGAGAGGUUUAAGGCAAAAGACAGCUCUUUCAAAAGCGAGAUAAAAGGGGAUCCAGAGCAGGCGAUGUCAGUGCAACAGCGGCAACAGCAACAGGAGCAGCAGAGUCAUCAACAGCAGGAGCAGCAGAAGCAGCAGCAGCUGCAGCAGCAGGAGAAGGAUCAAAGGGGUUUUGCAGGAACUGUUUCUUCUGCUCUCUCCGUCAGUCCCUCUCCCAGCACUGCCAUCACCGCAGCCCCUGGUGAUACUGUGACACCCUCAGUCCCUGAUGUUAUCACAUCCAAAACCCCUGAUACUGACACAUCUGCUCACAGCAGUACGGCCCCCGAUAACAGCACACCCCCUAGUACCACUGUCACAGCUGCUACAGCAGCAUCUCCCACAGACUCAUCUGCUUCAGGAAGUCCGCUUACAGGCACACGCAGCACAGUCACACCUGCUGGAGGAAAGGGGGGGAUGGUGAAGGGGAGGGGGAGUGGGAGCAAGGAGGGCAACAAGGAGGGGCAUGCUCUAGAGGGUGCUUUAUUGGCUGGCCUGCUGCGAUUGAUGGGGGAGGAUGGUGCAGCUGACCUGCUAUAUAAGGCAAUGGGAUUUGGUGGCAAACUUGCGGGUGGUGUUGGUGGGAAGGAAGGGGGUGGGGGAAAGAGUGGGGGAGGGAGUGGAAAGCGAAGGAUGGGAGAGGACGAGGCUUCUGAGCUGUUGGGUAAGGCUAUGGCCUUCUUGAACAGGGAUGAGGGUGAUUCUGGGGGCAAGAGUGGGGGUGACGUUGGUGGGAAGAGUGGUGGGAGUGAUAUGGUGAAGAAUGGGAAUGAUAAGAGUGUUGGCUGUGUGGAUGAGAAGGUGGAAAAUGGAAAGAGUGGGGAUGAUCAGGCACAGUCAGCUGGCAGCAAUGAUGGGGGCGAUACUGGAUUGAGUGGUAUAGUUGGGAAGGAUAAGGUGUUGAUAGCAAGUGGUACGGGAGCGGAUAGCAGUGAAGAAAUGAGCCCUGUUGAAAGCAGCAUUGAUAAAACUGCAACCAGCAAUGUUGGUUCCAGCAGCAGCAGCAGCAGCAGCAGCAGCAGCAGCAGCAUCAAAGCUAAUGUCUCGGAUAAUCCAGAGCUGAGUAGGAGAGAGGGGAUCAAAGGAGUGGUCGAGAAAAAGGAGGAGGGGGUGACGAAGAAAGCAGCUGAGGAGAAGCAUCUUGUGCAGAGAGGUUUAGGUUCGAGUGACAAGUCAACUGAUGAGGAUCCGGCACAGGAGAGCAUAAGGCAGGUGGUGAGUGCGAUACGGGGGAAGCUGGCUGCUGCAGUGGCUGAAGGGACACGUGGCAUGGCUGGAUUGGUGGAUUCUGCCAAGGAGGCGGUGGCUAGACUGGCCCGUCAAGAGGGUGCCUCUUCAAUUGAAUCUGCUUCUAACGAAUCUGCUUCACGUGAAGCUGCAGAGGCUGUUGCAGGGAAAGCUUCUGUAGAGACAGGAGCUGGUGUUGCUGCUGGGAUUGCGUUGGCAACAGAGCCUGGUCUUGCAGCUGGUGCAACCGAGCCUGAAAAUUCACAUGCGAAGUUGAGUGUAGCACAACUAGAGGCUGCACCAUUGGCGGCCAAUCAAAAUGGGUGUCCUGCAGGAGAUGUGGCGCCGAAAGAGCCUGCAGCAGCAGAAGGUGGAAUGGCAGAACCUUCUAGAGUGGGUGCGUCUGAGGCAGAUGUCACGCCGAAGCUAGCAAUCUUGGGGGUGACAGUACCGAAGCUGCAAGUCCGUUCCGAGCCUCAAGGUGGCAACACGGAGGCCAAGGAAAGUAAGGGUGAGAGUGAAGGGAGCGAGAGCAGGAGAGAUGGAGGGAGUGAAAUUAAGAGUGGAGGAGGGAGUGAGGAAACAGGUUCUGGUGCUGUGAAGAAUGAUUCUUCAACUGAGGGAAAAGCUAAGACAAUAGGUUCGCCAGCAAGCGGAGGGCCUAAUGGGAAAGCCUCAGAUGAUAACAUUUUUGCCACUGCCAAAGGACCUGUGGUGUUAAAUGAUGUUGAGGCAGCAGCUGCAGCAGCAGCAACAGCAGCAGCAGCAGAGGCAGCAGCACAGGCAGCAGUACAGGCAGCAGCAGAGACAGCAUUAGCAGGAGUGAAAGAAGCCAUUGCAAACGCAUCAAGGGACUUCGAGGAGACCGUUCGCAGGGGUGGUGUUCCGGACGCGAGUCGGGACCCACUGUUCAUUGCAGACAUAGGGGAGGACAGGGAAGAAGCUGGGUGGGGAGAAAGAUCAGAAUUUGGCCUCAAACGUGCUGGGUGA